AUGGACUAUCAUUUUGAUCUCUGUUUUCCUAGCUCUAUCGAUAAUGCAGAGAUAUCGAUGGGGGGGAUUGGCGUCGACUGGCCCAAGCCCUCCACAUACGGCCAGUCUACGUCGAAUGGGCCUCUGAGGACUCGCGUGUGCGAUCUAUGCAUCUCCGGUGCAGGUGACAUGAAACGACCCACGUGUUCUCGCUGUCUGGAGAGUGGGCGGAUCUGUGUGUACUCCACAUUGAGGAAGAGACCGGGCCCAGUAAGGGGAUUUCGCAAACGUGGUGUACCGCCAUCCUCUCCGUUAUCCGUACCAGACAAUCCAGGAGAAGUCUUUUCGCGGACUCUGCAAAUUGAUCAGGUGUACCUCCCAGAGAUUGAUAUUGCGCAUCUCGGCGCCAUCUAUUGCCCGCAAGAUGUUGUUACGGAAUUAACGGGCGACUUUUGGCACACGGUAGGUUCUUGGCCGACACCAAUACAAGAUCAGCCAAAUGCCGCCGAUUCUUCCUUGACCUUCGAGCACGAGCGCGAAAUGGACGGACGGUCCGCCAGGCUGAACAAUUUCUUUUAUCAUAUCCAUCCAUCUAUACCUCUCUUCCGCGAAGACAAGUUUUUCCGGCAAUUCGAAUCAGGAGCUGUCACCAAAGACCUCCUUCUCGUCAUCUUGGCGUUGACUGUCAAGGUACUUGGCCAACGCCAGCUCUCUGGUGGCUUACACCUCGAGGAGCGCUUACGGCAUCUCCGGGAAAGGAAUGAUCUAGACUUGGGAACAUCAAGAUCGCGGUGGUCUCUUGAUGAUUUUAGGAAGGCUUGCCUGCUCGCCUAUUAUGAAUUCCAUGAGCAUCCGGGAGAGAAUGCGUGGUUGCAAAUAGGCCACCUCACACGCAAGGCUUACUACUACGGCCUUCACCAGCUUGACAAACGCGACCGGUGUGAUGAAAAUGAUGAUGACAAAGAUGAGUGGAGAUACGUCUGGUGGUGCAUUUUCUGUCUCGAUUCCUAUUCAAACAUCACAGCAUCGAGUCCUUUCGUCGUUCAUGUCGAAAGCAUCAGGACGUCUCUCAUUACCAAUCCAGGUCGAGAAAGGGGUCGCAAGCCCCUAAUAUUUCUCCCUGACCAACCAGAGAUGUUGUGGCAGACGGUCGAGGCGGUCGCAUCUCAUGGCCAUAAUGUAAACUUCAACCUCCACAUAGUAACGACCGCGAUUCUGAGGGAAGCCACCACCCUCUACCGCCUAUUGUGGCAAAACCCCUCCGACCGCCUGCGGGACCGUCUAGCAACGCUCGAGGAUCACCUCGCAGAGAUACGAUUGGUGUUGCCACCCCGAUAUCUCAAUAUUGCACGCGAUGCUUUGCACGAAGAGUCUCACCGUGCAUACCAUACUCGAUUGAUCUGUGUUCUUCACUUGCAUAUCUCUCGUCUUAUCAUCUGCCUACCUCUGCACUCAGAAGAAUCUGAAGAAAAACGAAAGAUUAUGUGGUAUAAGACUUUGGAGCACUGCCAGGACCUGGUUGCGGUCGUCAGGCAGUGGGACAACCAGCAUUCGCCAAGCGUCGACCCAGCCGUUUGCUUCAUUGUUUACACAGCGCUGAUAGUCCUUCACCUCCACUAUAAAAGUAUGAGCAGCCCCGCGCCGGACUUCUUAGCCAAAGUAAAAGCCCAAGAAAACAUUCUUCGACUCUUCUUAGAGCAGUUCGCAACCUUGUGGUAUGUGCCAAGACUUCUCAUCAGCGCGAUGGCCGUGCUAAAAUACUUUCAAGCCCCACUACAUUCUGAUUGGCUGAACUUUGUCGAUCCCGAGCAUGGGUUUUUGGGCCUCUUCGACGUAGAAGGGAUUGUGCAACCUUUCCUGGAACAGAAUUGGGAUUUUAAUAAUUGGCAAGCAACCUCAUAA